AUGAUUGGACAACUGAUCCGUCUGCUCUGGACCCACCAAAGUCAAGAAGAGACCGGUGAAUUUUUCGUACUUGCUUGCACGGGAGAUCAUUCCACGCCAGUGGUGUUUGGGGACCAUUCACACGAGCCCGUGCCCUUCGGAGUUGCACACCUGCGUGAUGUGGUGGCAACGCUGGGAGGCACCGCUGUGGUCGACUCCAUCAGCCUUGGGCCCAUUGUGAAUCCUGACUCCGGCGAUGAAACAGCCGUGGAGCGGGUGAGCGAACAGGCCAGGCGGCAGAAAGAGUUCAGGAAAUUGGAGAGUGCGGCAAUCGAAGGCCAUGGUGAUAUUCCUUGUCGGUUCAAUGAAGUAUCAGCGGCAAGGGGGGAGCUGGGUCGAUUUCCAGGACGUGAAAUUUUUGCCAUUUUCAAGCAGCUGGUGAAUGUAGGGACAGAUGUCGGCAACCAAGAAAUGGUGUCAUGA